GUCGUUCCGCUACCCGGCCAGCUCCUCCCUCGAGGCCUCCAGGCGGUGUGUUAUCGUCGCCCAACGGGCGUGAUCUUCGUUACUGCUGGGGGGCACGGUAAGGAGCCGCUUGAGGCGGGGCCACCUCGGGAAGCUUGGUCCGCCCUCGGGAAAAGCGGAGUGGUUCGUCCCGAGAAAUCUUCAGAAUGGAUUAAUCUGGUAGUAAUGUUGAAGCUGAAACAAAGCUGCUGUAACCAAAGACAGGAUGAGUUGGAUAUCAGGCGAUCAAGGCAGCAGUCUGGGUUCUCAUCCUUCUUUAAGGGAUGUUCAUUCCAUCAACCCAACACAGCUAAUGCCAAGAAUUGAGUCCUAUGAAACCAGGGGGAAAAAAGGCAUUUCUGAUGUUCGAAGGACUUUCUGUUUAUUUGUCACAUUUGACUUAUUGUUUAUAACCUUGUUGUGGAUAAUAGAAUUAAACGUAAAUGGUGGCAUUGAAAAAACACUAGAAAAAGAAGUUCUGCAUUACGACUACCAUUUUUCAUAUUUUGAUAUCUUUCUCCUGGCAGUUUUUCGAUUCAAGAUUUUGAUACUUGCAUAUGCGCUGUGCAGACUACGGCACUGGUGGGCAAUAGCAUUUACAACUGCUGUAACCAGUGCCUUGUUAUUAAUAAAAGUAAUUAUUUCAAAGCUGUUAUUUCAGGGUGCUUUUGGCUAUGUGUUACCUAUCAUAUCUUUCCUUCUUGCCUGGAUAGAAACAUGGUUCUUGGAUUUCAAAGUUUUACCACAAGAAGCAGAAGAAGAAACCAGAUUAUUGCUAGUACAGGAUGCCUCUGAACGAGCUGCCCUUAUUCAUCCUGGGCUCCUUUCCGAUGGGCAAUUUUAUUCUCCUCCUGAAUCUGAAGCAGGAUCUGAUGAAGAAUCUGAAGAAAAGCAAGACAGUGAAAAACCAGUUGUAUAACAAAUAUAGCAAUUGGAGAGUGAAAAUUUGACUGUGGAGUAGCUUGAAGAUUCCCACUCAUGGAACUAUUUUUUUUAAUUUAAUUUAAUUUUAUUUAUUUAUUUUCACUAUAUACCAUACACCAAAAACUACAUAAACAUAAAUCUUUUCUUCUAACAGAACAGUGCU